AUGAAUCGGAGUGAAGGAAAUACCGUUCGCACUCAGAUAAAAGUUCCUCGCAGCAGAAACUCCGCAUCAGUUACACGAUCCAGCUUCACAACUUUUGACCACAUACGUUCAGUGUGGAAUCAGUUAAAGUUUGGUUGGUCCAUUCAGUUCUGGCCAAAUUUCGAUCAAAAUGCAAUUAUAUAUAUGCUCGGUCGAUGUUAUUUCACGUCUACUUCUGACAAUUCCCCAACUAUCCCAAGAGAUAUAAUUUUGGAUGGAAAUUUUUCAGAUUUUGCUUCAGACUUUGCAAGUAGAUUAUGGUUUACUUAUCGUGAUAACUUCCCCCCCAUAUUAAGAAGUCCUUCUAGUGCCUCUACCAAUAAUAUGCCGUAUUCACUAUCUACCGAAAGACCAGCUUCAUGUGACAGUGAAAGCAUCCAAGCCGAAGCUGACCUAUUUACAACCCAAUCAAAAAACUUAUCGAUUCACAGCAGUAGUCAUUCUAUUUCAUUAUCUACGGACCAUGUUGGGUCAAAAUCCUCGAAUAUCCCGAGUCCAUAUAUUCCUCUAUCUGUUCAGACAUCAGAUUGUGGAUGGGGAUGCAUGUUUCGAUGUGGACAAAUGUUGCUUGCUCAGGCCUUGGUAGUUCAUUUUUUGGGCAGAAAUUGGAGGCUAACAAAAAAUCAAAGAGAUUCGGAUUUCAGCCUUCAAAUUAUCAAAUGGUUCAAUGAUUCUUGGUCCCCAUUUUCUCCGUUAUCUUUGCAUCGUUUAGUUCAAAUGAGUGAUAGGAAACCAGGCGAAUGGUGCGGGCCAGCUUCAGUUUGCUCGGCAAUCUUACGUGUGAUGGCAAAAGGAAGUUCUUUAGACAGCCGCUUAAGCCAAGUACAGGUGUAUUUAGCUCGCGACAGAGUUAUAUAUCGUGAGGAAAUUAUGGAUCUUGCAAGAGGAUCACAUACUUCAUAUCAAUAUCAACCUAAGAUAUAUUUCACUGAUCACACAGCUUUAUAUCGUUCACAAUCUGAUCAAACUAAUGACUCACGCAGCUUCGAACCAACAGCUGUCUUAUUACUCAUCCCGCUGAUGUUCGGAAAAGGAAAUCGCAUUAACCCACAUUAUAUUCCAGUGGUGCUGCGUCUGUUUUCGGAUCCAGCGUUUGUAGGCUUAAUCGGUGGUCGUCGAAAACAUUCCAGCUAUUAUGUUGGUUGUCAAAAUAAUUCGUUAAUUUACUUAGAUCCACAUUUUACUCAACCAACUCAAAAACUGAAUUCCCCUAAAUUUUCAGUUGACUCUUGGUACUGUCCUAUUCCUAAAACAAUGAGUGCAGCGAACCUAAACCCUUCUUGCGCUGUUGGAUUCUACUGCAGGUCUAGACGAGAACUAAGUGACCUUAUUGAUAGGUUACCUAUCCUUAUGUCAGUAAGUAGUCUCCAGGCAUCAACCGGAAGCCGACCAGUUGCAUUCACUGUUGAGGUGCUAGGUCUUGACAAGACAAAAAACAAACCUUCGUAG